GGCGGUCCCUUUAACGGGACGGUGCGGAUUCUCUGCAGCGGCGGCUCGAGCCGAAUGUGAGGGACCGUCGGCGGGAGAUGGAUGGUCAUGAGUCUUUGGAGCAAUGCUUCUGCCGUCUUGAGGAAAAGAGUGUCUUUGAAUCUUUUUAUGGCAGAGGAUGAAGAUGCGCCGACGCCGUUUGGUUCUGGUUCUGUGUAUGGCAGGACUGUGUCUCAUCUCCUUCAUGCACUUCCUCAAAGCCCUGUCCUACAUCACGUUUUCCCAUGAGCUGUCUGCCUUCAGCCCUUCUCUCCGGGCCAUCUUUGUCGACUCGCAGUUCUUCUGGAAGCAGAGUGCAGCGGAGGAUGUAAAUACUGGCCCUGGGCUUCAGGUCACUGUGAAAGCUCAGAACGGAGCCCGCCCGCCAUUACACCGAGCCCUGUUUGAGCUGAAAGAUGACGAGGCAAAGUACUUCAUACAAACCAAGGCUGGAGCCAUUUGUUUUAAGCAGGGCACCAAGAUGGCGGCACCCUCUGUGGAGGGUGCAGUCGACUGGGACCGCAGUGCGAUGGACAAGCCGUCGGUGCAGAAGGUGGCAAACAAGGGUUUCAGUGGAAGGCCUAGGCGCAGGUGGGUGGGAUGCCCUUGCCUCCCAGGAUGGCAUGGGUCAUAUUGUGGGGUGCCAACCAUGGUCCAGUAUUCUAAUCUGCCAACAAAAGAGCGUCUGAGCCCACGACCAAUACCUCGCAGAGUGAUCAACGCCGUUAACAUCAACCACGAGUUUGAUCUGUUGGACGUCCGGUUUCACGAGCUGGGCGAUGUGGUCGAUGUCUUCGUUAUCUGUGAGUCAAACUUUACUGCCUUUGGGGAGCCCAAGCCCCUGAAAUUCAUCGAGAUGCUCCUGAAUGGGACAUACAGUUACGUGGGAAGCAAGAUCCUGUACGUUUUCCUGGACCACUUCCCCAGUGGAGGGAGGCAGGAUGGCUGGAUCGCCGAUGAUUACCUACGGACUUUCCUGACCCAGAAUGGUAUGAGCCGGAUUAUCAACUUGCGGGAUGAUGACAUCUUCCUCAUCAAUGACGCUGAUGAGAUCCCAGCUCACGAUGGUGUGCUGUUCCUCAAACUCUUUGAUGGUUGGACCGAGCCCUUUGCCUUCCAUCUGCGAAAGUCACUGUACGGCUUUUUCUGGAAGCAGCCAGGGAGCCUGGAAGUGAUAUCGGGCUGUACUGUGGCCAUGCUGUUCAUGGUUUACAAUGGAGAUGGGAUUAAGCUACGGCGGAGGGAGUACUAUCUGAUGCCAAACUUCCGGCUGUAUGAGAACAGCACGGGACACAUCCUGGUGCCCUGGGCGGUAGGUAGUCCUCUUCACUUUGCAGGCUGGCACUGUUCCUGGUGCUUUAAACCUGAAGGCAUCCGCUACAAGCUGCUGUCUGCACAGAACGGAGACUUCCCUCGCUGGGGGAAUUACCAAGAAAAAAGAGAUCUGAGCUACAUUCGAGAAUUGAUCCAGACGGGUGGCUGGUUUGAUGGCACUGAGCAAGAAUACCCUCCUGCGGACCCCAAAGAACACAUGUACGCUCCCAAAUACCUGCUGCAAAACUUUAACAAGUAUCGAUACAUGUUGGAGAAUCCGUACAGGAAGGAGAGCUGGGAUCAGGGAGCUGUGAUGUAUAAUCAGACUGGGAAGAUUACAUAGUGACCACUGACAGUGAUUCCCCCCCACCUGCCCAGCAGGGGGGCUGAGCGACUGUGUGCAGCAUCUACUGUCUGGGAUGUCACCACUACUGGAACUGCUCAUGCUGUGUUUCUGACCAAGUCAGCUACGACACCAGCACCCUCUUUCCUCACCCCAUUUACCAUUUUGGUUUUCUUUUCUUGCAGAAUUUUCAGUUUGGGGCAAAAAUGGUUUCUAUUUGGAUUCUAAUUUUAAGAUUUCUUUCGAGUACUAAACUCACUUCUGUUCUCUUCCCUGCCUCCUACGGAGUUGUGAGAAUGAAGUGCAGUGCACUGUGUGGCAGGGUUGUGGGAACCCCCAACUGUCCACUGCUGGGGUGGAGGCACUCUGUGGGUUUGCAUCGACUGACCUGCACCUUUGGCCCCUGUGUCAUGUGAAAGAAUCGAAUGUCUGUUUGUUGUAUAUACAAUUGCUGCUGGGUUAGAGAGGGGUGUGAAAUACUCACUGGCGAGGAGUGGUGGCACACUGUGACUUGUUCCCGCUGAAACCACCUCACUGGCCAAAGGCUGUUACACUUGGGUUACUCAAGCCUGCUGAAGUGUGUUCCUACAUGGGGUGAGAGGGAAAUGGGAGAACAGGGGUGCAUUCACAUGCCUGCUGCCCUGCCCUCCCCUAGGUAGACAUCCAUUUAUGAUUUGUCCUUGCUAUCUCCAAGAGCUCCCAAGUUGAGGUGUGUUGGAGAGAUGCACCUCCUUGCCUUGAUGAAAGCAUUUGUGGCCAGGAGCUGUUUGGGAUAGGCCAGACCUCCUUUCACAUCUCAACCACAUUUUGCUCUUCAAUCACCAGUGAGGAUGGUGAGGGCCGCUGUGCUGAGGGCUGUGCUUGCAACUAUUCCUCAUUCGGACACCCUGUGACACCAGUGAUGAGCUGCCAAGUGACUGUCUCUCUCACUGGUCAACACAGAGCAAGACCAUGGUGAGCCAAGUACAUAGAGGUAAUAGCGCAGGAACAUAGGCAUGCAGCACUGGAGUCCAGAUAGAAGCUGAUCCCUGGGCCAAGGAGUUAUCUCCAGGGAAGGCUCCUCCCAAUAGGAGGAAGCUGAACAAAUCUAGAGACUCCCUUUUUUUUGUAAAUUAUUUAAAGGAUAAAAUCCUGUUCACUUUGGUGUGCCCCAGGAGGGUGCACAUUUCCACUUGCUCAGACCAUUGGGUUUCUGGAGUUUGUCUGUUGGGUUUGUUUGGAAGUGUUGUACACUGCAGCUGAUUUUUGCUGUUUUGAAUGGGGAGGUGUUUUUUUUUCGCAGUUUCUCUUCUGUGUAAUGUCUUGGAGAUUGAAGUUUCUGUGAAACUCUGUUUUAACUGUUCUGGAAUUAACCACUGGCAUUCAGUUCACAAAGACAAUGCAAAUACUUUGUCCUAGUUUGUCCAUUUUUCCUGCACUGAAGGAACUAACCACUGACCCAGCUGCCCUCCCUAUAACACAUCCUGGCGCAGGCUGCAACACUUGGUCCAUGUUCUCUCACUCAGUACACUGGACAGCGGAAGAGAGUGGAGUCUGACCAAGCUUGGCAGUGUUUGGUCCCUCAGACCCUCCUCUGCAGGCAUGGUCUAAGAAUCUUGCUGCAAAGCUGUGAGAUGGCAGGAUGUGGGGAAGGCCUUUGUAAUAAUUGAUGGCAGUUGCACUGAUCUGAGUUGGGAACUUGACUCCCUGAGCAGCUCCUGAAGCUUUGCCUUGUGCCAUUCUAAGUUCACUGAAUCUGCCUGUCAGAUAAUGGCAGAGCCGUGGGUGGGCUCACUUUCUGUAGCCUUGGUUUCUGAAGUAGCUAGCAGCUUGAAAUCAAAACCUAUCUCCUGUUGUACUGAUUAGGAAAGCUAACCUAGACAUCAGAUUGUGACUCAGUAAAUGACCACCCUGUGUCCAUUAGCCCUUUCCGAUGCCUGUAUAGUCUGUCUCUCUUUCUCUUCCCUCCCUCCACCCAUCAAAGCCCAGGCAAUCUCUCUCCCACUUGAGGGCAGGCAGAAAGGAGGCCUUUGUGGAUGCAGAACAUGUGGUGUUGCUGAAUUCAUUAAAUCCUAACUGUACCUUUAAUAAAAAAAAAUUGCUUAAAGCACUUACCAAUAUGUUUAAUUAAAAUGUGUGUAGUAA